AAGAGAGCUACAACGUGUGUUUCUACAACAGCAACUGGUCUUGUGCUGUGAGGUGAUUACCACCCAUGGGUGGGACUUUCACAUCUAAAGGCGGGGUGAUGUUUUCCACAUAAAUACUCGCAGUGAGUUGAGGCGCUAAAUGACCAAGUGAGAGACUCCUUCCAGCUUAGGGAUGUAUUUCCCCUUGCACAGAAUUUUCUUCAGACCUAACCUGUGAGGAUAAGUCCUGUAAGAUAUUGUUGCAUUUUUCGCCUCUGUAAAUGGAAAUCUGAGCGUGCUGACAUCAAGAAAAUGACUCAAGAAGAAAAGUCAAGUGUGAGGAGGUUUCUCUUUCAAGCGACGAGUCAAAAGAGCGAGAGAGUUGACCUCGAAGAAAGCUGCGUGAAUACCGCGGGAGAUGCGCAUCACGCCACCAGAUAGUGGCACACAGGAGCGCACAGACACCAGCACUCCUUUCUUUAACAUGGAUGGCUAUUACAAUUGGACGCCGAUAUCUGAGAAUGUCAACAUGUCUUCCUCCCAGCCCUACCCCACCAACCUCACCUACAACAAUAUGUCAGAGGUGGCCGCACCAAUGCCGUUCAGUGUGGUCACCGCAGUCGUUUACACCAUUGUCUUCAUUGUGGGUCUUCUGGGCAACACACUGGUCAUCUAUGUGGUGGUUCGCUACACCAAGAUGAAGACUGUAACCAACAUGUACAUCCUCAAUUUAGCCUUGGCAGAUGAACUCUACAUCCUGGGAAUUCCCUUCCUUGGCACCAAUAGUGUGCUUUCCUACUGGCCAUAUGGAGAUUUCUUUUGCAAGGUUUGCAUGACUGCUGAUGCCAUGAGCCAGUUCUCCUCCACCUUUUGCCUUACGGUGAUGAGCAUCGAUCGCUACCUGGCUGUGGUUCAUCCUAUUCGCAGUGCCAAAUGGCGGAGGCCACAGGCGGCCAAGGUUUUCAAUGGCAUGGUGUGGGUUGUGUCCUUACUGAUUGUGCUGCCGGUAACAAUCUACUCACAUGUACAGGAGGACUUCAACACCUGUAACAUAACCUGGCCUGAGCCACGUGAAUUGUGGUCCAUUGUCUUCAUACUCUACACAUCCAUCCUGGGCUUCUUUGGUCCUCUGGUUGUCAUCUGCCUCUGCUACCUGCUCAUUGUCAUUAAGGUGAGGUCAGCAAGUGUGCGUGUAGGCCUGACUAGGCGGCGUAAGUCGGAGCGUAAGGUGACACGCAUGGUGGUGAUCAUCGUGUUGGUCUUUGUACUUUGUUGGCUGCCCUUCUUCAUUACCAACAUUGUCAACCUGAUUCAUAUCAUCCCUGAGAACAACACCACCGCUGCUGUCUACUUCUUCCUGGUCAUCCUCACCUACGUCAACUCUUGCGCCAACCCAAUCCUCUAUGGCUUCCUCUCUGACAACUUCAAGCAGAGCUUCCAGAAGGUGCUCUGCUUCCACAAACCAAAUGAUUAUGGCACCACAGGCUGGGUCGGAGGGGGACGGAGUGCAUCCCAGGAAAACCACAAUCCUGUUUUACCCAGAAAUCCCACACAGAAUGGGAAAAUACAGUGCAUUCAGCAGCCUGUCAUGAUGGAGGUGAUUGGGGACCUUGACAGCAAUCCUCUAACUUCAAAAGCAGAGGUGAAUGGCCAGUCAGCGCUAUGAGUUUUCAAGCUGAACCACCAUGUGCUAGUGCAUUACUAGUGCGUGGGACUUGGACAAUUUACUCCAGGACCUUUUAUUGAUUGGUAUUUCCUGUCUUUAUUGAUGAUCCUCCUUCUCUGACUGGGGAAUUCGUUGAGAGGAGCAAAGUAGGAAAACCAUUCACCACGGAUCCCCACAUUUUUGUUUGUUCUUCAUGUCUUUGUACUAUAACUAGGUUGGCUGCAUUGUAAAGAUGUAAAAACAUCAGUACAAUACAAAAUACAGUCAUGCAACCUUAAAAUGCUUUAAAUUCUCAAAUACAUUUUUUUACCUUACAAAAACAGACUUUUAUUUUCAACAGGCUUAUAUUGGAAACUGUCAUUUUUCUCUAAUUUCAGUUUUUGAUCAUAUUCUGGUAAGAAACCUUGUUUUCUGAUGUGCUUUUGUUAUAUUUGCUGCUGAUGCUUUAUGCUAUCAAUCUGUGUUUACCUGUUGUCUUGAUAAAUUCAGUAUAUGAUGUUCACAGCACUAAGACACAUGUGCAGGAAGUGUUGAGUUGACACAGUUGAAGAUUAUUUCAAAUCUAUUUAACAAUUGUAAUAAUAAUAAAAAUAAUACAUUUAUUUCAGAUAUUUUCUAAAUGUAUUAUUUGUUUCAAAAGCAAUCAAAAUCGCUUUGCUUUGCUUUUCUUUCAUGUAAAAUGUAACAAUAUAUUUGACUCACAUCAAUGUAUCCAAUUGAAUGUGAUUUGGAGCGACUAGCUAACCCUGCCCGUCAUAUAAAAUCGCACUAGCAGAGCAAACAUCACAUUACUGAAACUAAAACAUUUUAACUUUCAUUUCACUGUGACUUUAAAAGACAACUGAUGACUUACUAACAGUCAACCUUCUCAUCUUACUCUCAGCUAGAAAGGAAAUUAGUGUUUUUCCCAAAAAGUGGAACUGCUCCUUUAAGAAGACAAACUCUAAAAUUGGUGCUUGUACAUUAUGCUGAAUUUAUCAUGUGAGCCAUGAUAAUACAGGUAAUUUCACCCUGCUCAAUGUUAUAUUCCCACCAGGCCUUUAUUGGGCAUCAGGCUCUUAUUUGAAACUCAGCCAUUGUUCUCUCUUUAAUUUGAAAAUUUACAGUAUUUAAUUUACGCUGCUUUAACUAGAGUGAGCAUGUUGGUUAAUUGUAAAGGUGGUUAAAAUAGUGUUGAUAGUCACAGGCAAUUAUAUUUCUUUGGGCUUGUUCGUUUGGGCUUUUUGUGACAUUUUGACUUUAAUGUUACAAAACUGACAAUGCCUUAAAGUAGCUCAGCCAAGUAUUGUGGAUUUAUCUCUUCUCUCUCACAUUUCUAAAACAAAAUGUGCUGGAGUGGAUGCCAUGGGGAAGUAACAUCACUGUUUAUCUGCUGGACUUUGAGCUUUGACAUUUGAUGCCAACAUUAUUGGGAAGUUGUUGGACAACACUGUAGCAUCUCCAUAGUUGUGACUUGAGCCAAGCAAGACCACAUUACCAAUAUUUAUGGUGAGUUUGAGCUCGUUUGAAUAACCAAUCAGUAAGAUGGACCUGUGGAAACAUGGACACCUUACAGGACUUUUUUGUGUGUGUAUUAAAAACACUGUGAAUUAAAAAAAAAAAAAGAAUAGGUCAUUUUAAAUAUGAAGUCUUUACAUGUAACAAAAAUGGUAACUUGGUUGUUCUGUUAAAGAAGCCAUCAUGAAUAUUAACAAACAAGUCUGUUUCGCACGUUCACCCUGAAUUAUACACAGUACAAUGUAGGGCUGCUGACAUGCACCUGCACGAAACAAAGCCCCUAUGUGUACAUAUAUUCCAUGAACAGACAGUUGAUGUUUAUUGUCACUGUCAUUUAUCAAUAUUAUGGCAGGUUUAUGUUUCAGACUGAAGCACUUUAUCGUUAUUUUCAGUUGAAACAGAGCGGUGGCAGCUUUACGCUUGAAUGUUAAUGUCUCUAAACAUAAACCACUUCAGUUUAAUUUUUUAGAUUUUUUUUUUUUUUUUGUAAAUGAAGUUAAAGUAGUUUCAAUAAUGCUAAAGCAUUAAACUAGAAGAAGAAGUAUCUUUUUUUUCUAGGUCAUUGGAACAAAUUUUGAUGUAUUAUGUGAUACGGCUUGCCAAAAAAAUACAUUUGUUAAUGGUGGUGGGGUUUUGUUUGUUUUCCCCCAGAUUAAUGAUAUAGCAACCCUUUCACUCUUUCUAUAAUAAAGACCACCAUAUAAAAACACAGUGUCAAGUGCAAAUUGUUGAAAGGAUAAAUUUGGAUUGUUGAAGUCUCUCUUCAGAUCAUAAGCAUGUUGAAAGAGUUAUUUGUCACUGUAAUCUUUAUCCAUCUCCAUCGUUGUAAAGUGAUCCUUUGCUGAUGAAACUGCACUGUAAAAGAUGGGGGACAAAAUCCACAGUCCUCAUUCUGUGGAUUCUCAAGUCAAAUAAAUGCAUGAUACAAAUCA